GCCCUGAGCAACAGAAAGACGCGAGCCAGAGAGUCUGGUUCCUGGAGAGUUUCUAGCACCUGCUUGAGGUCCAAAGCGCGGGCGAGCCAUGUCUGAGAUCCUCUGUCAGUGGCUCAACCAAGAUUUGAAGUUGUCCCGGACCGUGAGUCCCAAGGCAUUUGCAAAGGCAUUUUCCAGUGGCUACCUAAUUGGAGAAGUUCUACACAAGUUUGAACUUCAGGAUGAUUUUUCAGAGUUUUCAGAAAGCAGAAUUUCAACUGCCAGGCUUAAUAAUUUUUCCCGCUUGGAGCCAACGCUUCACCUUCUGGGUGUUCAAUUUGAUCAGAAUGUGGCCCACAGCAUCAUCACAGAAAAGCCUGGGGCAGCAACAAAGCUUUUAUAUCAAUUGUACAUUGCUCUUCAGAAAAAGAAGAAAAGUGAACGGACUGCAGUAGAAAUGCAAUCAAUGCAGCCCCUGGGGUGUUUCAGGCUUCAAAACAUGAAAAGUGAGGCUUUUCGAGAGCAACGCUUAAGCAGAAGACGACAAAAUGAAAUAAUGGCCAAAAUCCAAGCAGCCAUCAUACAGAUUCCUAAACCUACAUCCAAUCGUACUUUGAAAGCACUUGAGGCACAAAAAAUGCUGAAAAAGAAAAAAGAGGCAGAGGAUGUGGCCAAUGAGAUUAAGAAGUUUGAAGCAUUAAUAAAAAAGGAUCUCCAGGCAAAAGAAAGUGCAUCCAAGACUUCUUUAGAUACAGCAGACCAUAUAACUACUGAUUUGUUAAACACUUACUCGGAUGAUGACUACAUUAAAAAAAUCCAGAAGCGCUUAGAAGAAGAUGCUUUUGCACGGGAGCAAAGGGAGAAAAGACGGCGGAGGUUAUUAAUGGACCAGUUAAUAGCCCAUGAAGCACAGGAGGAGGCUUAUCGAGAGGAGCAGUUGAUUCACCGACUAAUGCGACAGUCCCAGCAGGAACGCAGGAUUGCUGUGCAGCUCAUGCAUGUGCGGCAUGAAAAGGAAGUUUUAUGGCAAAACAGAAUAUUCAGAGAAAAACAAUAUGAGGAAAGACGACUUAAAGAUUUCCAGGAUGCUCUUGAUCGAGAAGCGGCUUUGGCAAAACAAGCCAAGAUUGAUUUUGAAGAACAGAUCCUCAGAGAGAAGGAAUUUCAUGCCCAGAUUGCUAUGGAAAGAGCUAAGGCUUCUUAUAAAAAGCAUUAUGAAAUAUGUGCAGAAAUUUUGGAUCAAAUUCUUGAUUUGUCCACAAAAGUAGCAGACUAUCGAAUGCUGACAAAUAAUCUGAUUCCACGUAAGUUGAUGCAUGAUUGGAAGGAACUGUUUUUCAAUGGAAAGCCCUUAUAUGAGCAAGCCUCUAUUAAGCAUCUGCCUGCUAGGCACCCUGCAGGACAACUUGUAGAAUUGGAGAAAAGGGACUUGCUAGAUAACAAUGAUUAUGAAGAAUAUAAGAAUAUGGUUGGAGAGUGGGCUUUACCAGAAGAAAUGGUUGAUAAUUUACCACCCUCCAACAAUUGCAUAUUGGGUCAUGUGCUUCACAGAUUAGUAGAAAAAUCUCUUCCUCCUCAAGUGGAACCAAAAGAGACUGAGUUACCUUCAUUUGCUAUUAAAGGAUGUUUGUUGGGGAAAACACUUAGUGGGAAAUCUGCCAAUCUAAAGUCUCUACAGAAAGACUUUCCUAUUCAGGUACUUUCUAUUGACAAACUUGUCCAAGAAGCUAUCCAAGCAUUUUAUGACAAUGAAGAAGCCUUGGAGGCCCCACCAAUUCAGGAAGAAGAUGGAGAAGAGGCUCCACCCACACCACAGAAAGACAGUAUAGAAAACCAGGAUCCACAAAAUGUGCUUUCAACUGAUUUAGUUUCAGGUGAAACAGUACCAGAAACAAAAGAUGAAGCUGAACCUGAUACAAAUACUAAUAAAACACCAAAUGCUGAAGAGGUAAAUUCAAGCAAAACUUUCUCAACACUCUCUGUGCGAGCUCAGCUUGGUGCAAAAUCAGAGCAGUUGUUGAAAAAAGGAAAGAGCAUUCCGGACAAAUUGCUAGUUAACAUCAUGGUAAAUGCUAUUAAUGAGUUACCUAUAGAUCAAAGCUGGAUCCUUGAUGGUUUUCCAAUGACAUUAAACCAAGCACAGCUUCUGGAGGAAACUCUCACAGGCUGCAACAGAAACCUCAUAGAAAAGGAGACAAAGAAAACACAAAUAUCUACACUGGCUGUUGAUCCUACAGCUUCCAAAGAAGUACCUCCUCCCCCGUCUGCAUUUGAUUUUGUCAUAUUAUUAGAUAUUUCAGAUGCUUUCUCACUGAGUCGCAAGAAUGAUAUUAUGGCUGAAGAAUUUGCACAUGAAACUACUCACAAAGAUAUUGGUCAACCCAGAGCUGCUGAAAACCAAGAUAAGGAUGUGAACCAGAACUUAAAGGACCAGAUACAACAUAGAAUUACAAGCUUCUUGGACAACUGGCCUUUGUUGGAGCAAUGGUUUUCAGAGACAGAAAAUGUUCUGAUAAAAGUUAAUGCUGAAAUAGAUAAGGAAUCUUUGUAUCAAAAACUGAAAGACAUUUUGUCAACUGAAAUUGUGAAAAAAAGGAACAAAGUUGAAAAGAAAUUAGAAGAAAAGGAAGCUGAGAAAAAAGCAGCAGCUGCCCAGGCAGAGCCUCCACCCCCGCCUCCUCCCCCACCUCCUCCUGAGGCGGAAAAAGAGAAGGAAAAAGAGCCUUUGAAAACUUCUCCUACCAAAGGAAAACCACAAUCAGAAACCCCACGUGGUAAACAAGAAGCUCUUCGUGAAGGAAAAGGAAAGAAAGGUGAAACUGCACCCAAAAGAAAAGGAACAGCAGAAAAAGGAAAAUCACUAGGAGGAAAAACACCAGUAAAAAAAUCACCUGCCGACUCUACAGACAUAUCACCCACUCCAACAGCACCACCACUACCAAAGCCAGGAUCUGAAGAAUGGGUCUACGUGAAUGAACCAAUCCCUGAGGAAUUACCUUCAUUUUUAAUACCUUACUGGGAACUAAUAGAGAAUUCCUACAUCAGCACCAUCAAAACGGUUCUCAGGCAUCUGAGAGAAGACCAGCAUGCUGUACUUGCGUACUUAUACCAGAUCAGAACAAGUUUCCAGGAGUUUCUAAGGCGUCCUGAUCACAAGCAAGAUUUCGUAGCUCAGUGGCAGGCUGAUUUCAACUCUCUUCCUGAUGACCUGUGGGAUGAUGAGGAAACAAAGGCAGAACUGCACCAAAGAGUGAAUGAUCUGCGAGACCGCCUGUGGGACAUUUGUGAUGCCAGGAAGGAGGAGGCAGAGCAGGAGCGACUUGAUAUCAUUAAUGAGAACUGGUUGCAGGACUGUCUUGGAGUAAUGAUGAACCACUUUUUUUCACUGAUGCAGGCAGAAGUGAACCGGUUUCAAGAUACAAAGAGACUCCUUCAGGAUUAUUACAGGGCAAUGGAUUGCAAAAUCCCAUUAGAGGACAAUAAGAAAUUUACUCGAAUCCCAUUGGUUCAACUGGAUAGUAAAGAACUUUCAGAAAACCAAAUUAGAAUCCCUCUCAUUCCUCGAAUAUCCAUUUCCCCGGAAACGGUUGUGCCCAAACCAAAAAUAAAAGCAAUACUGAAGGAGCAGAUGGAUGACUCACUCGAAAAUGUGGAGUCAAACUUGGAGACGGAUGAGAAAUUGGUGAUGGACACCUGGCAGCAGGCUUCUGUAGCAAUAUCUCACAUGGUGGUGGCUGACAUUCAUCAGCAGCUCAUGGAAGAGGAAAAAGAAAACCAGCCAGCAGAUGCAAAAGAAAAGUCUCCUCCAAUGGGUACAAAUAAAAAAGCCAAAAAGGAAAAGGAGCCACCAAAGAAAAAAAAGGCAGAGAAAAAAGCAAAAGGUAAAUCACCACCUGUAUCUGAACCACCUCCUGUAAUUAUGACAGCAGAGGAAAUUGCUGAAAUGGAAAAGAAGAAUGAACUAAAGUUCAAAAUAAAGGAAGAAUAUCUUGCUGCUCUACAAUUCGAAGAGACAGCUACACAGUUUCGACUUGAACUGAUCAAGACAAAAGCACUGACUGUCCUUGAAGAUUUAGUAACAAAGGCAGUCAAUGUCUAUAAACUCAUGGAAAAAUGGCUUGGUGAGAAGUAUUUGAAUGAAAUGGCCAGUGUGGAAAAAUUAACUGAAGUAGCUCGCUAUCACAUUGAAACAACUACAAAAAUUCAGUAUGAGCUUUAUUUACACCAAGAAGACUUCUUCAUUAACGGUGACAUAAAAGUCUUCCCAGAUCCUCCUCCACCAGUACGUCCCCCGCCUGUAGAAAAGGAAGAAAAUGGCACUCUGACUAUCGAACAGCUUGACAAUCUUCGAGAACAGUUCUUCGAUAUGGCACCAAAAGGCAGGAAUCCUCUGGAUGAUAUGAGUGGAGUCACCAAAAGGCAGAAAAGGCCACAGAAACUUGACCACUACCUUCCAAGGAGAAAUGAUCAAUUUUUGAAAAUUUGGCUAAAAAAAUACCCUUGGCUUAUAUAUGAUGAGUUAUUAAAUCUUAUGUACUGUGCCCUGUGUCGUAAGCACGGGGUAAAGUCAGGAGGAAGCCAAGCGAGUUUUCUCUAUGGCACUGACAACUUUAGGAAUGAAUUUCUCAAUGCUCAUCAUCUCAGCGAGGCCCAUGCCAAGGCUUCACUAAUGGAAGCAACAAGUGGUUCUCCAGUGAACAGAGCUGCCACGGAACUAAUGGUGAGAACCAUGAGCAAAGUAACCCUCGGAAGAGUGGAGAACUUGUUCAGAUCAUGCCACGCCAUUGCCAAGACUGGGCAUCCGCUCAAAGAUUUUAUUUGGAUGUGCAAGUUGGAUGACAUGAAGGGUGUUGAUAUUGGCCCAGUCUUCAGAACUAACAAAUCAGCGAGAACAUUUACAUAUUUUAUUGCUGAGGUAGAAAGGAGAAAUCUACGAGAAAAACUAGAGAAAAGUAAAUUUUUCUCCAUCAUCAGUGAUAGAGUCAUAGACAGUUUCAUCAAGGAAGCUGAGCUUGUGUAUGUACAGUUUGCAUACAGGGGGAAAGUGCACUGUCAAAUUGUUGGGGUUCAGACAGUAGAGAGGGAAGAUCCUCUGUCAAUAAAAAAUGCUAUUGAGAAAACACUAGAGACAAAUCUUCAGGUAAGGCUGUCAAGCCAAGACUGGGCAAAGAAACUGGUUGGUUUUGGAAGUGAAGAUACGCCUGGAAUAGAAGGAGAGAAUGGGGUGGCCCUGCUUUUGAGAGAAAUCCAGCCAUGUGUGCAGACUGUAUACUGCUUUGCACAUCACCUUGAACUAUCCUAUAAGGCAGUGUUCCAGAGCAUUCCUCUGUACAAUGAUUUGGAAAAACUCCUUCAUAACAUCUAUCACUUCUAUCACAAUUCUUCUCUCCACAAGAGCUCUCUGAUAACUGCUUUCAAAGGCCUGCACCUUCGACCUGUGAUGCCUUCUCAAAUAAGAGGCAGGAGGUGGUUUCACGGAUUACAGGCAGACCUCCAGAAUUUUCUCAAGGGAUAUCCUGCAAUUGUUCAGCAACUGCAUUCAGCAGGUGAAGGCAGAAGUAUCACCAGUCAACAGAAAGCCAAAGAGCUUCUAGAUCUCCUCCUCCAAGCUGACAUGCUUAAAUUUUCCCAUUUUUUGAUGGAUGUCAUUAGUGUCCUUAGCAUUCUGUCCCAUGUCAUUCAGAAUAGAAAUUCCUCAAUUGCUGACAUAUUUGCCACCUUGGAGUCAACACUGGAAAUGCUCCGAAUAUAUCAAACCAGACCAGGUCCCAAAGAACGCAGGGUAGAUUCAGUCACACACUUUCACAGUAACUGCCUCAGAGGGAAAGAAAACAUUUCUUCUGUGAGAAACGUGGUUUUAACACAUUUUAUCAAGACGCUGCGGAGUUGUUUCAGAGAUGCCAGUCUAGAUGUGGUGAGGGCAACCAUGAUUGGAAGCUUUAAAUUGUGGCCCACAAAACUAAAUCAAGAAUUUGGAGAAAAAGAGGUAUCCAUCCUAAUUGCACAUUAUGAACCAGUAUUAGAAGCUGCCAAUGUGAAAAUUGAUGAGGUGGACACUGAAUGGAGCAUGUUAAAAUUAGAGAUUUAUGCCAGAUUUCAGAAUAUUCGAAAACUGACCUGGGAUUUUGUGAAUUCCAUUUACUCCCACAAGUACCCGAAUGUUCUGAUGCUAGUUGACUUGGUGCUGGCCCUGCCUGCAAGUUCAGCUGAAGCAGAACGUGGCUUUCAUCAAAUGAGACGUACCAAGUUACAUGUGCAUGCUGAAAUCGAUGCUGAAAGCAUAAUAGGAAAUAAGGCAUUUACUGACAUUCUGCUUGAUGUGGUGACCCUGAACCUUGGAACAAACAAUUUCCCUAGUGGAUGGAUGCACCUCACCCAACCUGAACUGCAGGAGUUAACAUCUUUAUUGAUAGUGAACUCAGAGUUCGUGGACUGGCGGAAAUUCCUGUUAGUAACAGCAAUGCCUUGGCCCAUCCCCUUGGAAGAGGAACUCCUUGAGACCCUGCAGAGGUUCAAGGCUGUAGACGAGGCUCAGACAGGAACCAUCACUUUCGAGCAGUACAUGCAGGCUGGUCUAUGGUUUACCGGAGAUGAAGACAUAAAAAUUCCAGAAAAUCCUCUUGAACCCCUGCCAUUUAAUCGACUGGAACAUCUGAUAGAGUUUUUCUUUAGGCUGUUUGCUGACUCUGAGGAGGACCCACCCCAGCUGGACUACACUCAGAUGCUGCUCUAUUUUGCGUGCCACCCAGACACUGUGGAAGGGGUCUACAGGGCCCUCAGUGUGGCUGUGGGGACCCAUAUCUUCCCACUGGUUGAAACUCCCAUGAUGGUUGCAGAAAAGACCUCCUUCUCUACUGACAUGAGCCACACUGAGGAAUUUCCUGAACCCGAGGAAAAUGUCGCACAAGAAGAAAGUGAACUAAAGGAGGAAAGGGAGGAAGGGGAGCCAAAGCCAGAAGAAAUCCCUGAAAAUAUCAACACUGAGAAGAUCUCCCUGGAAACACUACUGAAGGUCUUCCGGGGAGGAAAUGAAGUACAGGACACUAACAGAUUUGCCAGUCACCUGAAGACAGAGAACAUUUAUGCAGAGAGCUUCAUACAAACAUUUCAGGACCUAGGUGCCAAGAACCUGGAGCCAAUUGAAGUUUCCAUUCUCUUGAAACACCCUUUUGUUCAGGACCUGAUUGCGAAUUAUUCAGACUAUAAAAUUCCCGAUAUUAAAAUGAUUUUCCAAAGAAGUGAGCACGUACAAGGAAGUAAUGGAGAAAGAUCACCUUCAAGACUUACAGAGGAAAAGAAAUGAACACAGAAGAGUGUGAUUUUUUUAUUAUUUGGCAAUGAAUCUUCCAAAAAUCAAAUGUGA